CGACUCCUCCCAGACCUAGCACCUAUUACGCUUGCGCAUUCAUUCGGCUCGUACUACCUAGCAGAACGCAUUCAUCUAGCUCGCGUCCACGAACAACGGCGAGCAUCGAGCAUCGAAAUCGAAAUCGAAAUCAAGUGAAUCAAAGGAACUUACGGACCACACCGAAAACGAACGACAGCACAAGACCAUAUCGCCAUAUCGAAACCGACCUACGACUUACGACCUACGACAACGGUACACGGUAGAUAUCAAUAAAGAUAACGAUGUCCUCGAUGGAAAACCCACACGAAGCCCGUCAAGCCGUACUUUUGGAAAGGAUCGGGAAGAACGUGGAAAAGUGUUUCGAGGCCGUACAGGAGCUGAACGUUUGUCUGAAUGAAUCAAUCCAAGCCCACGCAUCCACCACCCAAACAGCAUCGGCCCUGUUUGGGAAUUAUAGCAGGAACGUGGUUUAUAACCUAGAGGCGAUUGGGAAGAUGGGGGAGGCCCGAUAGGGCGUAGGGCGACCGCCAGGGAGCCUUUUCCUUGUGGGCGAGAAGUGGGGGAGCCAUGGCGGAGGCAGCAGGAGGAAAGGGGGAGGAGUGGAGGAGCUAUGGGGUAGGGAAUGAGCGGGAUGAUUGGGCGAGAGUGAGGGAGCUAUGGGGCAAGGCGGGG